UUCGUGGGUUUCUGCCGGUAGAAACAGUCGUUGCACCGGUUCUUGGAAGUGGCCGGAAGUGCCUUCUUGUUGCCACGUCGGAAUAGUUGUUGAAGGUUUAUUCAUUCACAAGAUAAUAACAAGUGUUAUUGUUUGGUUUUGUGCUGUAGUCGCAAUUAUGGUUUCUGUCAUCAACACGGUGGACACCUCUCACGAGGAUAUGAUUCACGAUGCCCAGAUGGAUUACUACGGAACUCGACUCGCCACCUGCUCCUCCGAUCGCACCGUGAAGAUCUUCGACGUGAGGAACGGAGGUCAGAUCCUGGUGGCCGACCUCAGAGGCCACGAAGGCCCCGUGUGGCAGGUGGCGUGGGCUCACCCCAUGUACGGCAACGUUCUGGCCUCCUGCUCCUACGACCGCAAAGUGAUUGUGUGGAAGGAGGAGAACGGGUCCUGGGACAAGAUGUACGAGUACUGUGGCCACGAGUCAUCAGUGAACUCGGUCUGCUGGGGUCCCUACGACUUCGGCCUCCUGCUGGCCUGCGGCAGCUCGGACGGAGCUAUCUCCCUCCUCACUUUUACCGGAGAUCAGCAGUGGGACGUGAAGAAGAUCAGCAAUGCGCACACCAUUGGCUGCAACGCGGUGAGUUGGGCCCCCGCCGUGGUGCCCGGAAGCCUCAUCGACCAGCCGACGGGUCAGAAGCCAAACUGCGUGAAGCGCUUCGUGUCCGGAGGCUGCGACAACCUGGUGAAGCUCUGGAAAGAGGAGGACGGCCAAUGGAAGGAGGACCAGAAGCUGGAGGCUCACAGCGAUUGGGUGAGAGACGUCGGCUGGGCUCCUUCCAUCGGUCUGCCCACCAGCACCAUCGCCAGCUGCUCUCAGGACGGCCGUGUCUUCAUCUGGACGUGUGACGACCCGGCGGGGAACACGUGGACGGCCAAGCUGCUGCACAAGUUCAACGACGUGGUGUGGCACGUCAGCUGGUCCAUCACGGGGAACAUCCUGGCUGUGUCCGGGGGGGACAACAAGGUGACGCUGUGGAAGGAGUCGAUGGAUGGCCAGUGGGCGUGUAUCAGUGACGUCAGCAAGGGGCAGGGCGCCGUGUCGGCCAUCACGGACACACAGCAGAACGAGCAGUGACCCUCGGGGGAUGAGGUCAUCGCGCAGUGACUCUCGGGGAUGAGGUCAUCGCGCAGUGACCCUCGGGAUCCUCGUUGGUGUGACGAUGACAUCACGAGCUCUGUUCAGAUCAUCGUUUUGUGGAGGAAAGAAACCGUCAGACGUGACAACGUUAAUCAACACAAACUUUGUUCCAGUCGGACGAGUCUCCCUGUGUGCGUCAUCUCCCAUGAUGCAUUGCUCCUGACACAUUCCGAAGCCAUUCAGGGUCAAGUCCUCAACUCCAGAAAGUACAUUGAAUAAGUCAUUAAUGAUUGAUUGAGUAAACUAUUGACUCCCACUAUUCUCACCACAGAACCUGCUUUCAUAAUAGUAAUUCUUAUUUGAUUUGUAAUUAAAUACAUGUUUAAACUAAA